UACUGAUUCGUCUGCUGCAACUACGGCAAGUGGCGCAACUCACAUGACCCGUAUUUUUGAAGGCCGCUCUGGAGUAGAGUUACAAAAACAUAAAGAAAAACGUAGUUUUAUUGAAGUUAUGCCAACAUUCAACAAAGAUAAAGAUAUUAUUAUUGAUCCAAAUAAUGGAAGUGGAAUGACAUAUC